AUGGAUGCCGAUGUCUAUGGGAUCGAUAUCGAUGAUGACGAUGACGAAGAUGCUGGCAUAUUCAGCAUCACCAAUGACCGCCAAAGUGAGGACGAUGACACCCUCACUGGUGAUGACAACGUUCUUUCAGCAGUGCACACGAAGCACACUGCUGUUGAUAAGGAUGAAUCAGCAGAGGAAUUUCUGCUGACUCGCGAAGCGGCUGUCCGCUUCGUUCAAGACUCUGUUGCAGAUGCACUAGACGGACAGAAGAGAAAUGCAGACAAACUAAAUCUACCGAAACACGCAGUGACAAACGUGGGCAGCAGUAAAUUACUGCCCAAGUACAUCGGUCCAUUUCGUGUGCUGCGCCGAAUGAGCAACGCGGGCACGAUUGAACUGCCCCGUAAGAUGCGUACGCAUCCUACGUUCUACGUCUGUCGUCUCCGCCCGUACUAUCAGUACGAGCCCGCUUCAAGAUGCGGAGAACACCCCCGCGGUCGAGACCCAAGACCACCUUCGAGUGGUCCCGUUUCAACGAGUCAGUCUGGUCGACUAGAGAAGCGGCCUUUUCGCGCAGUUGAGCGAUGUCUCGACGAGCUACAGCCAAGUCGUCGCGAAGAGAACGAGUCGAGCGUUCGUUCUCAAGUUGUGCAAACGCAAAGGCGGCACAAUCUUUCGAACGAUCGUGCGCGAAGGAAUAUAAAUUAUCCCUCACAAGAUCCCCAAGCUCAUAACACCGAGAUCGUUCAUGAGCCAGGUCAUCUCGCAACUGUUCCGUUAGACGGUUCAGCUCCUGAACAUCAACUUGAUCCGACCCUCGAGCCAGAUCAGGUGUUCCCGCUGCCACCACAUCCUUUGGUGGACUCAAGCGGUGGUAAACGCUUCUUAGUGGAGCGUAUUUUGAACCACCGCGAUGUGAAUGGCAUCCAAGCGAGUUACCUCGUCCGCUGGCGUGGCUAUCCACUGGUUUCGGACAUCUGGGAGCCUCGUGCCCAGCUGAUUGUUGAUGUCCUCGGUCUCGUCGAGCAGUACGACGAGACUUUGCCGUCUCGAACACGGCUACCACUGUACCACCGAUGUUUGAAGAACGCAUCGGUGAAGAACUCUUCCUCAGCACGGAUUGUUUUCGUGCUGGAAUCAGGAGGGCAAAUCUUCCUCCAAUCGAACAACGGGAUGCGAUCCCGUUCGGUAGUCGUGCCGGCCAACCGUUACAACUCUCUGGAUGGCGGCAUCCAUGGAGACUCCACUUGA